UAUGUACAUUCACGCGAUAUAACUGAAAUUCGAUUUUCGUUCAAGGACGACUCAGCUGAGUUUUGUUUAUAAAAUUAUAAAUACGGACCUGUGACCUGUGAGUGAACUGGAAAUGUUUAAUUCAGUUUGUUUUAACUUUUAAAGAAACAAAAUGAAUAAAAAAAUUAGCUUUGGCAAGAUUAGUGCCAAUUUUAGUCAGAACUCCGAUAAAAUUGAGGCAACUGGCACAUUUGGAACAUUCGGUCCCCCUCAAGCAAUACAAGUAUUAGAAGACGAUACAGAAUCCCAGCAAAUGAAAAACGUUAUGGGUAUUAGCAAUUUUGGUAAGAAAGCAAAAUCUUUUGACAUUAAAGAAAUGAUUGCACAGGUAAAGGCAACCGCUAAGGAAAUAACCAAACAGCCUGAAGAGGAAAAAGUACCUGACAGUGAAGAUGAUAGCGAGGAUGAUUUUAUUGGUCCUCCAGUGCCUGCAAAUUUAGUAAUACAAAAAGAGGAAAAAAUUGCUGAAAAGAGUAAAAAUAGUGAUGAUAGUGAUGAAGAAGAAAUCGACAGUAACUUGUUUAUUCCAUGUACACAUGAAGCUCAAAUGGUGCAUGGUAAUAAAGCUGUUACAGCACUCUGUGUUGACCCAAGUGGAGCUCGACUUGCAUCUGGUUCUGUUGAUUAUGAUGUCAGUUUUUGGGAUUUUGCCGGGAUGGACUCAGGCAUGAGAAGUUUCAGGACCUUACAACCAGCUGAUAAUCACCCAAUCAGAGCCCUACAUUACUCAAGCACUGGAGAUUUGCUAUUAGUCAUCUCAGGAGCUAGUCAAGCUAAAGUGAUCGACAGGGAUGGUUUUGAAAAAUUAGAAACAGUAAAAGGUGAUAUGUAUAUUACAGAUCAAGCAAAAACCAAAGGCCAUACUGCUGGGUUACUGGCUGGAACUUGGAAUCCUGUUACUAAGGAAGAGUUUUUGACCACAAGUGCAGAUGGUACUGUGAGAACUUGGGAUUUUUAUGGGGGCGGUAAAAACCACAAACAAAUCAUAAAAUGUAGGGCUCAAAAUGGUCUUAAAGUUCCUCCCACAGCAGUAAAUUAUAACAGAGAAGGUAAAGUUAUUGCAUGUGGAUGUGCAGAUGGUUCCAUACAGUUAUGGGAUUUCAGAAAAAGUUCUGUGGCACCUGCUAAACAGAUUAGAAAAGCACAUUUGCCAGGUGAAAUAACCAGUAUAUGUUUUUCACAUAUAGGAGACAAUUUAUUAACAAGAAGUUGUGAUGAGACCAUGAAGCUAUGGGAUAUUAGGAAUCUUAAAGAAAGGCUUCAUGAAGUCAAGAAUUUGUACACUAGAUAUGAUACAACAGAUGCCAUUUUCAGUCCUAAUGAUGCUGUUGCAGCAACAGGAGUAUCUUUAGAUAAAGGAGAUAAACAUGGAGUGGUGUUGUUUUAUGAUACAAAAACUUUCAAUUUAAUAAGAAAAAUGCAAGUAACAACUUCUCAUACAAUCAAACUCUUUUGGCAUCCAAAGCUUAAUCAAGUUUUUGUUGGAACAGGCAAUGGUUUAAUAAAAUGCUACUAUGAUGAAAGACGUAGCUUAAGAGGAGCUACAUUGUGUGUUGUAAAACAUCAUAGAAAAGCACAACAUUCAGAAAUUGUUAGUUCACAGCAAAUAAUAACACCACACGCUCUACCACUCUUUAGGCAAGAACGAAGGAAGACUAGUAGAAAGCAAAUGGAAAAAGAUAGAUUAGAUCCUGUCAAGUCAAAAAGACCUGAUUUGCCUAUAACUUCUGGUCAAGGUGGUAGAGUGGCAUCUAGUGGAGGAACUCUAAGUAGUUUUGUUAUCAGGAAUUUGGGUUUAAGUAAAAGGGUAGAGGAUGAUCAAGAUCCUAGAGAGGCUAUUUUGAAAUAUGCUAAAGAAGCUGAAGAGAAUCCUUAUUGGAUUACACCUGCUUAUAAGAAUACUCAACCUUUAGCAUCUACUAGUAAGUUUGCAGAUGAAGAAGAUGAUGAUGAUGAAAAUGAGCCUGACUCCAAAAAAUCUAAGACUGAAUAAUGUUCUAAUUAUUUAAGUUAUAACUUUGUACAAAUAAAAAGUAGGUAG